GACCGAUCAGCCAUUACUCCGCGAUGGUGACAAGAGCAGGCCCUGAGAGGGAUCAAACUUUCUGGAUUUACUACGAUCAGCUUUUCGCUCAGGUGUCGCAAUAAAAUUGGUUGAUUCCUUCACGGUGUUUCAGCCUUAUAUAUAUCUCCCCGUUCUGUCCAUCAGAUCAGUGUAGUAUCACCUUAGUUUUUCUUUAUUGAGGCUCGUGUUCGUUUAGAUGACGGCGCAGGUAGACUACCUGGUGGUGGUUUUCACCGCCACAUCUGGAGCGAGCGGAGAGCUGCUGGGUUCUGACGAGAAGGAUCUAGUCCAGGUGGUCUGGCAGCUGGUCAAUGUGAACAACAAAACGUUGGGCAGGGUGAAUGAGCUCCUCAUUAGGUCUGACCUCUCAGACUCCACAGAGGAAAAAACUGAGGAAGAUGUUGUGGUUGAGGGCAAGGAGGAGGACGAGACUGCCUCCGGAGCAGACCGUGUCUACACAGCAACCAGUCUUGACAGUGGUAUAAACAUGUUCAAUCUGCAGCUGACAAAUGAGGUGAACAGUGCGGGCGCAGGCACGUCGUUCUGUUUGUGUACAGACGGGCAGCUCCACAUCCGUCAAGUGAUUCACCCUGAGGCCGCCAGCAAGAACAUCCUGGUCCCAGACUUUUUCUACUCCUUCUUCGACUUACGGAAGGAGUUCAAGAACCACUUCCCCACCUCUGACCUCAAGGUUCUGAAUGCACUCGUCAUGGCAGAGUCUCUAAGCAUACCUGUCGACAUGCCCACUGUGUGGGAUCCCACAGCCAAUCAGGAACCGCUGACGGUUCUCCCUGCGGAAGUAGCUGUCAAGCAGGUCCGGCUUAUGAGCAACAUCAUUCUCGCUUUGCUCUCUGAGCCAUACUGUCACAGAUUUUCUAACCCAGAGAGAGUUAGUGAGAGAUUUGAAAGUGGCACUUGCAGUAAAAUGGAGAAGGUGUGCGACAACACAGUGAUCAGAGCCAGAGGGUUGCCAUGGCAGUCUUCUGACCAGGACAUCGCUCGAUUCUUCAAAGGCCUCAACAUUGCCAAAGGAGGAGCUGCACUGUGUCUUAAUGCUCAGGGGAGGAGAAAUGGAGAAGCACUUGUACGUUUUGUCAGUGAAGAGCACAGAGACUUAGCCUUGCAGAGGCACAAACACCAUAUGGGCAACAGAUAUAUUGAGGUUUAUAAAGCAACAGGAGAAGACUUCCUGAAGAUAGCAGGAGGUACCUCUAAUGAGGUGGCAAUGUUUCUGUCCCGUGAGGACCAAAUCAUAGUAAGGAUGCGAGGGCUUCCCUUCAAUGCCACACAUGACGACGUGCUCAGAUUUUUCUCGCCAGAGGAUGAUUUGAAAGAGACAUGUCCCAUUAGCGGAGGGAAGGAAGGGAUCCUGUUUGUCCGCUACCCAGAUGGACGACCAACUGGAGAUGCUUUUGUGUUGUUUGCCUGUGAGGAACACGCUCAGUGCGCUCUGAGGAAACACAAGGAACUCCUGGGCAAGAGAUACAUUGAGUUGUUUAAAAGCACAGCAGCAGAGGUCCAACAGGUGUUGAACCGGUACUCCUCAGCCCCUCUGAUUCCUGUGGCACCACCCCCCCUGGUGUCGAUAAUGCCCUCAGUGCCUCUCCUGCCACCUCCCGGUAGUGUCAGGGACUGCCUCCGGCUGAGGGGCCUACCGUACACGGCGAGUAUCGAGGACAUUCUCACCUUUCUUGGGGAGUUUACACAAGAUGUCAGACAACAUGGCGUUCACAUGGUGCUAAACCAGCAGGGUCGCCCAUCAGGCGACUGCUUCAUCCAGAUGACUUCGGCUGAACGGGCACUCCAGGCAUCACAGCGGCUUCACAAGCAUGUCAUGUCCAGCCAACGUGGGGCCAACAGCCGCUAUGUGGAAGUGUUUCCCUGCAGUGCUGAAGAGAUGGGCCUGGUGCUGAUGGGAGGCUCGCUCUCACACACGCACACACACACACACAACCGGAGCAGGAGUGGGACAGGGCUCAGCCCGCCGCCAUGUAAGUCCAGACGCUUAUCUCCUCCAUCUUACUCCUUCACCCCGGUUCAACCAAUCCUUCCAACGGAUGCUGCUGCUGCAGCUGCUGCUGCUCUCUACCCUCCGAUCGGACAGGUUCUGCUGGCUCCUCGGCCCCUGCACCCAGGACAUGCUUACUAUCCUGCAUCAGCUCAACUGUACAUGAACUACACAGCCUACUACCCCAGUCCCCCUGGCUCACCCAACACGCUUGCUUUCUUCCCGGCUCAUUCUUCCAUGUCCUCCCCUGGAGGGUUGAUGCGAAUGCCAGGCCUGCCCUACAAUGGCAGCGGAGUUAAAGACAUCAUCAGUGCUGUUCAAGGAUACCAGUAUGCUCCAGAGGAUGCUCUCAUCCACGCUCAAGGGGCCGUGCACACUCACGACCCAGCUAGGACGUUGCUUACACAGCCCAAAGAAUGGGGUCCCAUGGAGUCUGUUUCUCUGCUAACCAACAGUCUCAUGGGUCAGACCAGCGCAGGAGAAACUUCUCUGAUGUCCCUUCCCCUCAUCACAAAGCCCGGAGGCCAGUUCCUGGAUCUGACCCUGCAGUAGCGUCGCACAAAAACAAGUAAUGCGUAUGUGACAAAUACUCGUUAGUUUGUGUUUCUUUUAUAAAUUGUCUUUUAGAAAUCUUAUUUAUAUUGUUAGUUUCAAAAAUUAAUGUAUUUUAUACCAAAUUUACUGCUGUCUUAGCGAAAAAAAUAGAUUUUUUUUUUAUAUUGCACAUUAUCUGUAUGUUAAAAAGCUUUAUAGAGAUUUUUUAACCUGUUAAGUUACUGUAAUCAUCAUACUUGCCAGCCAAACUAGAAAAGUAUAAUCUAGUAGCAACUGAGCUCAGACUUUUCUUCAAGUUUUUUUUUUUUUUCUGUGAAGAGUGAAAGGAACUGUGUGAAAGAGAUGUGAAUGUGAAUAUAAUGCAUGGUUAUUGCAAAUGUUUAUAUGCCUAUUGAGACAAGUACGCAGUGAUUGUACUGGAAGCUGUAGUGCAUGAAGAAAUUCUGUAGUAAAACUUAAGAUGUUUACAUGAUGCUAAAUACCAAUGCACUGCUAAGGAGUGAAAAUGUAAAGAGAAAUAAAAAAGCAGUAUGUUCUGAUGGCAAUGUUUGUCACAGCUGGUUCUGAUCUAGAAAAUAACAAAGGCACAAGAUUAACAGAUGACAUUGGUGGAAUUUUCAUAUGAUUGAAGUGAAACUUGUGAAACCAUAUCAUUGUAUUCUCUUCAAUAAAUGCAAGACAUGUGCAGGUACAUCUCAAUAAAUUAGAAUAUUAUUUUAAAAAAUCUGUAGUUUGGCUCAAAAAAAAAAAAAGAAAAAGACAUCAAUAUUCUAUAGAUAAUUUACUCACAGUGAUAUACAUCAAUUUUUGUUUAUUUUAAUGAUAAUGGUGGUAAGAAAUCCCUCAAUCUCUUGUUUAGAAAUCUUGAAUUUUACCAGCGACCAAUAAAAAACAAAAAAACAAAACAGAAAUGUUAAGUUCUGGCUUAGACUUCUUAAAUUCCCAACAAUAAUUCAGAAUUCCCAAAAAACAUUAUUGCUGAACAAGGUGGCUGAUCAAAUCAGUGCAUCUUAAUUUCAAAUUCAGUGGAAGGAAAAAGUGUGAUAGGAACUAACGUCUUGAAUUCAUUGUAAAACAAAGCCAAUUUAAAAAGUUUUUUUAUAGGGCUGGAGGUUACCACGAAAGAACUGUGGUUGUUUUCAAUGCUUUAAGAUAAACCACACACAUAUGCUCUCUGGACACGGGCUACAACUGACUCAUCUGUUGUGCCGGGACACUUUUCGGCCUGAUUCAUCAAAAACAUCUGUUCUGGAAUAAAUACAAAAUUGACUUAACUGUUUUACAGGCGAUUCAAACUAACUUCUCAGAAGCUGGCUGUUUAUUGUACUACGGUAUGCAUUUUAGAAUAUCAAAGGAAAACUUACUGGAAAAAAAACUGUUAGAAAAAAAGCUGAAACGAAAAGUAAAGCCUUGAGGAAACUGAGAUCCAAAAAUGACCCUAUGAAUAGAUAGAUAGAUAGAUAGAUAGAUAGAUAGAUAGAUAGAUAGAUAGAUAGAUAGAUAGAUAGAUAGAUAGAUAGAUAGAUAGAUAGAUAGAUAGAUAGAUAGAUAGAUAGAUAGAUAAAAAUAAAACAAUACAUGUAUAAAGUACAAUACAACUACAGUUAUCAAUAAGAUAGGACAUUUAAGGAGACAAGAAUACCAGCUUAGACUAGUAUCGGAUGGCGUUAAGCGUGGUGUCAGUAAGUGACAAGAUAAUAUCAUUGCCAGAUGCAUUUAUCCUACAGAUAAAACUAUGCAUUAACUUUCGUUAAAAAUGCAUAUAAGCUUGACUCGACAACAACAAUGACAAACAGCUCACUCACACUAGUCCAUCUUGGCCAUUUCAAAAGUACCAGAAAGCAUCCAUCCAUCCAUCCAUUAUCUUACACGCUUGUCCCAAUUGGGGUCGCGAGGGGUGCUGGUGCCUAUCUCCAGCAGUCUACCAGAAAGCAUCAAUAUACAAAAUAACACUGGAUUUUGGGUUUUCAUUAAGCCAUUAUCAUCAAAAUUUUUUUUUAAAUAUGUCUAAAAUAUGUCACUUAUGUAUACAAGUUUUCCGAUUAGACUAAAAUUACUGAUACAGAUUAUUUAUGGUGUUCUGUUUUAAUGGGAUGCACCUGUGUUGUGCUUUUACUGUGUCUAAAACUUGUGGAUAACGCAUUCAAUCUUGCUUCUACACUAAGGUUUGUAUAUCCUUAUCAAUGCCUGAUAGUCAUUGAAUCUUUAGUUUAGGCAGAAAUAAGUUUUAAAAACCAAGCACCACUGAGUUUAUUAGAAUCGCCAUAGUUACCUCCUCAGUACUGUUUUGUUUUUUUUCCCGCUGUAUCUGUCCUUUUUGAGGCAUCAGAACCAACAAUGUUAUGGCUGGGUCUGAAUCCAGCAUCAGACUUUCAUCAUCAACAGAAAUGUGUCAUCUCUCCUCCAAUGCUACACAUGCCAUCAUUUUAUUUUUAUUAAUGCCAGUGCUGUUCAUGUUCUUGUUCUUUUUUUUUUAACUCUUUCAACAUAUUUUUUGUACCUUAACCCCAACGUUUGCAUUCCUCCAGACAAUUGACUCAAAAGAAUGAUUCAAGCAGGUCCUUGUCUGAUUUCAUUACACUUUGUUCUCAUUAAUAUAUUCUUAUAGAUCUUUUCUUAUUUCCACCAUCUACUGUGACACUGGAAUAUGAUUGAACAAAGAGCAGAAAUCUGUUCACCAUUGUCUUCUUUAAGCUGGUCAUUUGUAUAUGUAUUUUUUAAAACACUGCUAACUGAAGGACAUGUUUGAUAUGUGUCUUACAAAUGUUGUCAUUUGUGCCAUGGAAAGUGCUUCUGUUUCUGUACAUGUGCCCACUCCAAAAGCAAUCUAGAAAUAAGUAAACAUUUCUUAAAUUAAGUGUAUUUACCCUUAAUUUGAGUAGGUAAAUAAGAAUAAUUAGUAUUUUUACUCUUAAAAUAAGAUAAUUAGUUAAUAUGCACUUGAGAUAAGACAAUGCUAUUCUUUUGUCUUAUUUUGAAUGUAAAUUGUCUUGUUCCAUUGGCAAAGUGUCUCACUUACCUCCUCAAUUCAAGAAAAAUAUGACUUAUUUUAACAACAGAUUACUUAUUUAGAUUGCAAUUGUUUUUGCAGUGUGGAAGUCCUGCCACAGACAUGCUGAAUAAAAUGACAAUAAACACAC